AUGCUUAAAAAAUGUAAGCAGACAAGAUUGAAAUUAUACACUUAUCGCAAAAAUCGGAUAAAAUUUGGUAAAAAACUUAUAAAAACUACUGUAACUUAA